CAAGGAUAGCGUCCCUUGUUUUUUUUUGUUUUGUUUCGUUUUAGUUGACAAAGAGUCGAGGUCGUGAAUUUUUUUUUUAGUUUCAAAAUAUUUCAUUUAAAGAUGAUGACAUCUACAAGUGAUGACAUCUACAAGUGACACUGUCAUUUACAGGAAAAGUUAGCGAAGUGAUAUCAGUUCAAGUGAAAGUUCUAGAUGUAUUUAUAGUUGUGACUCUCUAAUUUCAACCUAUUGAUCCAGCGAUUCGUGUCGGCUUGACGGACAUGCUUUUAAAAGUGUAAAAUGCCAUCUUGAUGUUUUCAUUCUAUGUCAAGGCGUAACUUUGUCAUACGGUAGCCUCAUUUGCACAGGGUGAGUUGUCAUCUGCGCAAGUUAGCUUGAGUUAUAGUGUAGACUUCCUUCAUUGGAUUACUGUACCAUGUGAGUGCACGGAUCACGUGACUUGAUUGUAAACACCGAGGCACGUGGCUGAAGACCACGUGACAACAACGUUUCAGAAAACAGAGCAGAAGAACUCCAUCAAUGUCCGGGUCACAUGAUCGGCUAUUCCCGAAACUGACCUAUAAAUAAACUUGCCUGUAGUUCUGAGAUAGAAAAAAGAUUAAAAACAAUGACUGGAAAAAUUUCCUUUCCUGGAACUGAAUGCUUACUCUUGACACUGAUAGUGACCUCCAAGCUGUCUUUGUCCAGUAAAGUGGAAAAAACAAAGGCUGUAACAGAAGUUUUGGACAACCUGCUGGAAGGGUACCAGAAGGAGAUACGCCCUGGUCUUGGAGGCGAGAGGGUUAUCAUAGAUACAGACAUUCUCAUUAAAAGUAUGGGGCCUAUCAAGGAAACAGACAUGUCGUACAGCAUGCAGGUGUACUUUAGACAGCGCUGGAAAGAUGACCGUCUGUCCUUCUACCUCCCAAACAUCACCAGCUUCACCCUCAGCAACAAGUUCAUCAACAACAUCUGGAAACCCAACAGCUAUUUCAUCAACGGCAGGAACAGCAAGCAGCACAACCUGACGGUGCCCAACGCCUUCAUCCGCCUCAGCUACGACGGCAGCAUCUACAUGUCCGUCAGGCUGACUGUGAACGCCAGAUGUCCCAUGAUGUUGUCCAGGUACCCCAUGGACAGAGUGGUGUGCCCUUUGUUCAUCGGCAGCUUUGGCUACACAACAGAUGAGGUGGUCUACAGGUGGGAGAACCAGGUGGACAUUGAUCCAGGCGUGACCUUGUCCCAGUUUGAGCUUGGGCGCAUAGAGCAGCAGAACAUUACCAGGAAGGGGAAAUAUGGAGACUUUUCCAUCUUGCAAGUGUAUAUCCACAUGAGUAGAGUAGUUGGGUAUUUCGUCAUUCAGACUUACGUCCCUUGUUAUUUGAUCGUCUGCCUCUCCUGGGUCUCGUUCUGGAUCAACAGAGACGCUGCACCUGCAAGAGUACUGCUAGGUGUCACCACUAUUUUGACCACAGCCGCCAUAGGUAUGACUGUGCGGGAGGGGCUUCCAAGGGUUCCCUACCCCACAGCUCUAGACGUGUUUCUCAACAUGUGCAUCUUGUACCAGAUGGCCGCCUUCAUCGAGUACGCCGCUGUCAACUACUUCACCAAGCUCAUGCCACUCGAGGGAGGCGCCGAUGAGGACGAUGACGAGGCGGAUAACUUGGUGAAGCCAGGAAUCAACAGAAAAGUAAAAAAAGACGGUGAGAAUCACACGGCAGAAGCCGAGUCUCUCCUUGCAGGAAAUGGACAGAAUCUGGACAAGACGUAUAGACACAUCAUAAUAUCACGAAUAAAAAGAUGCAACCACUGCUUCCUGGCAUUCCUCAGCUGCAUUGUGGGAAGCUCCGCCUACCGGCAGAAGCGAACGGAGGCUGCAGACCCGGAGGCGGGAAACAGCGUCAGCGACAUUGAUAUGGUCUCUAGGGUUGUCUUCCCGUUGACCUUUGGCCUCAUUAACCUGUGUUACUGGCUCAUGUAUUUUUACUUAGAAGUUAGUUGACUAGAUGGUGAGGUGUGCAUUAAUAUCACAUGUUUCCUUUGAGUCAUUAUUUUUUAUAGAGUAGUGUCUUUAGCAGUGGCGUCGCUAGGCGAGUGCGAGGUGUACGGUCUACACCUGGUAACAUUUUGUAAAGGGUCACACCAGAGUGAUUAAAAUUCAUAAACAACGAAGUAUUUUUAAAAUUAAAAAAAAAACGGUGCAGUUAUUAUACAGGUGCACAUUUGAUGAUGAGUGUUGUAAAUACUCUAUUCGUAUUAUGUUGCAACAAAAAGAAUUAACCAGCCACAAAAUGUAUUUGAAAAGUGUUGUUGUUGUUGUUGUUUUGGGGGAAGGGGUUUACGCCAUUGGCUACACGCACUAAACAUCAAUAACCCUAGCGACGCCUCUAUGCUGUAGUAUUUUGUUUAUAUUUUUAAGAUAUACAGUAAAACCUGGAAAAAGAUGGGACUACCGUUAUCUUAUAAAUAAACAAAUUAUUUUACAUUCAAAAUGUUUUCUAUUAAAUCAACUGAAAUUCAUGCUUUCUCUUAUUGUCUUGAAAUUGUGGCCGCUAAAAAUGUGAUCGAAAUAAGAUUAUGCACUUAGGCUAAAUUAAUUUAUAUGCAAGAAAGCUGGUACCAGUGGCGGCCUUAGGGGGUGGCUAGUGGGGCAACCGCCCCAGGCCCCGCGCCUGAGUAGGGCCCCGCGAUCGGAGAAUUAACUGUCACAAACUUGAUCACUACACAUUUUCCUAAUAAAAUCCGAUUGGUUGUUGAUGUUUAUAUACGAAAUAAACGAUUUAAAUUGGUUGCUUCUGUCUAAGUGUUUUUUUAUUUUAUAUAUCUUGCGCCAUGGGAUUAUUAUUUUUUUUAACUUGAAAGAAAAAUCUUGUAAUAUGUAAAAGAUAUAUAAUGCAUUUAAGCAGACAAUAGUAGGUCAACAGUACUUAACUAAUGUUCUACGUUUUAUAACAAAAAUAAGGUGUUAGAGGCGGACAUACUGAAUUGUUAUUGUUACAGCGUUAGAGACGGAUUAGCCCGUAUAGUCUACCCUUACGGCUCAGGGCCCCGCACAUGAGGCUCGCCCUGGGCCCCGCGCACUGCUUAGGCCAACCCUGCUGGUACCAAUUUGUGUGUGUGUGACUUUAUCCUGUGUGAAAUGUGUCUGACAAACAGACUUGAAAGAAUGCAACAGCUCUAGCCACUCUCGUAAUAAAUUGCAGAUACAUUGAAUCAAUUCUGCUUUCACAUUUUAACAUCAUUUGUAACAUUAUAAAGGUUGUUGUUUUUUUUUAUAAAUUGAACAAGAUACAUUGUUCUUAUGAAAGAUAAUAUUUGGUCCACAUUUUAAAUAAUUCGAAGAGAUUGACAAUGUCUUGCUACCAUCCAUGAUCGUCCCACUAGAUUGUGUGUUCAAUACCAGAAUUCAAAUAUAACGUUGAAUUAAUUGUGAUAUGAUCUACAUUGUUUUAAAUAAAUCAUAGUUCAUUGCCUCAUAUGAAGGGAUCAAACACAGACUUCAGCCUUUUAAGCACACACAAAUUUUAGUCUUAACUUUUGAUGAACAAUCAAAUAGAAUUUAUAACUCUUUCACUCCUAGACGAUGCCAACGUUGAUUUGACCUCAUUAAACUAAAAUGAUUUUUAGAUUUAUAAACUUUAAUAUGUGUUGCCUAAAAAAUUCGAUACCAAAUAUAACAUUUUCUAAUGAGCAAACAAAAAAGUUAUUUAAGUUUAAUCAGUGCAGGUUAGUGAAAUACAAAUGAGCCAAAUGAAUAAUUCUAUCGGAACAAGGAAAAUAAUUACGGAGAGAGAGAGAGAGAGAGAGAGAGAGAGAGAGGUUAAACUUGCUUUUUUUUUGUGACACGGUUAUUGUGUGGUCAACCGUGACACACGGUCAAGUGUUAGGUAUCGAGAGCUAGGGGACUUGGGGGAAGUGACGAGUGUGUAAACAAGAGGAGAGGAAGUCAGCGAGUGAAGUUGGGUAUCUGUAUAUAACGUUGCCUUGUAUAUAUGUUAUGUUGAAAUGUUCCACAAUUAAAUGACACUUUAAACGUAAAGGGACUUGUUUCUUCACACUUUUCUAUAGCCUCUUUCAUACUUAUAGCAUGCUCAGUGCCCCAUGGUCCAAUCUCUCUUUUGGACCUGUACUGGGAAGGGGGUAUCUGGGACAAGGUUUCCGUGCUGCCUUUAGGCGCUCAGCACACACAGCUCUACUUGAGUGGGAAUUUGAACUGAGCCCCCUUGAUAGAUGGUUAGAUUUUAGACAAGUGGUUUUGUUCUUUGAGCCAUACUUUCCACACAAUUCGGUAUUUAGAAUAUCUUAUUCGUAAUACUAGCAUUUAAAAAUAAUAUUUACAAAAAUUGUAUGGCAUUGUAGGAUUUCAAUUAAUCCUGUUGGUUAGGGAUAAAGCUUUUAAUACCAUCUAUUUGAAGUUGAGUAUAAGUUUAAGUUGCAGAACUUUGCAUAUUCUUCAUCGUCUGUUUACACUAGUUUACAGUAAAGGCAAAUUUAUCAAAUUAAAAAAAAAAGAAUACAUGCAUAAAGAUCUCAAUAAAAUAAGAUUUCGGAAAUAACAAUUCUUUAGACAAAUCAUUUAAAAUGCUGAUAUUUCUUUUACUGGUCGUUGUGCUGGUUAUGUAACACAAUCGUUAACCGGUUACCAUAGAAAUUGAUGACCUUUACAUCAUCAGCCCCAAACAUCGCAAGGUCGGAAAUAUAUAAUUUACAUUUUUUAUUUUACAAAAAUGAUUAGGGUUCACGUCUAAUGAACGAAUUUUACAGGUUUUACUGUAUCUUCUUAUACAAUACAAGGCGUUACUUCAAAAAAAGAAGUCGCUCUUAUUUUUCUUCUUCUGUGGAUUGAAAGAAUCAGUAAAAUUGUUUCAAUUAAAUAAGACAUGCACAUUCUGUUUUUAUAUCCGUCGUAUGAAAAGUUUGACUUAAAAAUUACAUCGAAACCAAAAUUUGCUUCAUUUCAUAAGAGCUCUUUUUUCCCCAAGUUUGAGAUGUUAACGCACACCUCUGUGACGACCUCUUGUCUAGUGAAAUACAAAAUAUCAUUUUUUGCAAAAAAAAUUUUAAGAGGCAAGAAUUCAACUUUUACCAUUUCUUAGUGGAUAAAAGAAGAAAUGUUUUCUGUAAUCAUUGCAUCCGUUCAAUGUUUUGUUCUAAAUCUUAUCUUAUAUUUGAUAUGAAAAAGUUACAUUUUUACAAAGCUUAUAUCAACUCAUUGUGUCUGUCUGUCCGGUAAAAAGUUGUAACAUGUAUUUUCUUCCAUUUUCCAUUCUAGGAUCAACUUUGCAAAAUUAUUCAUUGAACCUGACAAGAAAAAUUACAUUAAAAAAAGUCAAUAAGUCAAUCGAUUGUUCGUGAUUAAUUAUUUUGUUUGAUAUGGAAAUAAGUGGAAUAAAUGUUACUAAAUGAGAGAUGUGGAUGUAUAUAUGGAUUUAUUCCCCAUAUUACACUUCGACUUGUUUUUUCUCCUACUUCCCAUUCACGGAUCAAGUUGAAAUUUGCAAAACUAUUUACAGUCGAUGAGAAUACGCGAAUCAAUCCAAAAAUAAACCAAUUACUUAAUUAUUUAGUACUAAUUAAUUAGCGCAUUCUUUCCCUUAGAUAAGCUCUGUUUUGUUUUUUUAACUCUUUCUCUCCUAACUGACGAUACCAGCGUUGAUUACACCAGAAUGUGGUAAAUAAUUACGGAGAGAAAGAGUUAAUACUCUUUUUUUCAAUUGCUUGUUUCACUUAUUUUUACGUAUAUUUAUGAAGUCAUUUAUUUGCCAGUAUUGUUAAUGUAUGAUUUGCGAAUCUGAAUGACUGAUUCAACUUGUAAGGAGGUCACAACUUGUGAAGGUGAGCUUGCAGUUUAUCUUGUUUUUUAAACGCCAAAAUGUUUAUAAUACAUGUAAAUGAAAUUUUGAUUGAAGGAAAUGUCACAUGAUAAUAAAUAAACAUUC